GUCAUGGCGGCGUGCAUGUCCGCAGGACGACGGCAGAUGAACUCUCCUUAAAAGUAGGAGUUAUUUCUUCAUUUUUAACAUUUGUUUCUUCCGCCUGGUGUUUUGGUCACCCUGCAGCUAAAGAAGGCUUCUCAUUUUUGUUUUUUUGACCAAAUCAGACGUGGAUUUUGUUUCAAAGAAGGUGGAAAUUUCAAGAAGAUAUGAUGAUGAUUUCUUCGUUGGUGCGCCGAGUUGGCCGCCUCGUGCACCCAGCCCUACUUCCGGCUACAAGCCCCGCCCCCCUGUUCACCUGCAGGACGCUGGCCUCCAAGCAGGUCAAAGGUGACAGGAAGGAGCAGAGGCCAAAGGUCAACAGGAACAAACAGGAAGUGGAAAUCUGGCAGAGGAUGACGGUGGAGGCGCUCGCUCGCGCCAUGGACCGAGACUUUGAUCACAUUGUGGAGGCGCUGCUGAAUACGUCGCUGGAUGUGGACUGUCUGGAGCCAGACUCGGUUCUGGACGAGAGGUGGAUCAAAGAGGUGGUGACGCGCUCAGGAAUGAAGUUCCGAUGGGCCAAACUGAGCGAGAGUCAAGAAAGAGAGGACAGAGACGCCGUGCCACGACCUCCGGCGGACCAGAGCAGAAUGGUGCAGCGCCCCCCAGUGGUGACGAUCAUGGGUCACGUGGACCACGGCAAGACCACGCUGCUGGAUAGUCUGAGGAAAAGCCAGAUUGCCGCCAAGGAGGCCGGCGGCAUCACGCAGCACAUCGGAGCCUUCCGAGUGGAGUUGCCCACAGGUGAGAGCAUCACCUUCCUGGACACGCCCGGCCAUGCCGCCUUCUCCGCCAUGAGGGCGCGUGGAGCCCACGCCACAGACAUGGUCAUCCUGGUGGUGGCGGCCGACGACGGCGUGAUGAAACAGACGGUGGAAUCCAUCCAGCACGCCAAGCAAGCCGCAGUUCCCAUCAUCGUGGCGGUCAACAAGUGCGACAAACCUCAGGCCGACCCUCAGAGGGUCAAACUGGAACUCCUGGCUCACGAUGUGGUCUGCGAGGAAUUGGGAGGAGACGUUCAGGCCAUCCACGUCUCCGCCCUCAAGGGGGACAACCUGCAGGCUCUGGUGGAGGCCACGGUGGCCCUGGCAGAGGUGCUGGAGCUGAAGGCGGAGCCUGAUGGCCCGGUGGAGGGCGUGGUCAUCGAGAGUCGCACAGACAAAGGCAAAGGUCCCGCCACGACUGCCAUCGUCCAGCGGGGGGCGCUGAAGCGAGGCUCUAUCCUGGUGGCAGGGAAGACUUGGGCAAAGGUGCGCUACCUGUUUGACGAGAAGGGCCGAGCGGUCAAAGAGGCGGGGCCAAGCAUGGCGGUAGAGGUGAUUGGCUGGAAGGAGCUUCCGUCUGCCGGCGAUUCCAUCUUGGAGGUGGAGUCUGAGCAGCGAGCCAGGGAGGUGGUGGACUGGAGGAACCAAGAGGCGGAGCUUCAGAGGAUGAGGGCGGGGCAAAGCGCCAUCCAGGUGAAACAGAAAGAACACCUGGAUGAGUACAGGAAGCAGAGGGAGGGGCUGGCCCACCUCCACUGGCGCCAGAGGAGCGCCCUCAACUAUCUAAACACCAAGGGCAAGCUGAGGCCCAGCGAGCAGACGUCCCACGCCGACCUCAGCCUGCCGCUCAUCAUCAAAGCUGAUGUGGACGGCUCUUUGGAGGCCAUCUUGAGUAUUGUGGACACCUACGACGCUCAGGACCAGUGUGGACUGGCGGUGGUUCACUCUGGCAUCGGCGACGUCUCCGAAAAUGACCUCAACAUGGCGGUGACUUUUGGAGGCAGCGUGUACGGCUUCAACGUGGCGGCCGGCAAGUCUAUCCAGCAGAUGGCGGCCAGGCAGGGUGUCCCGCUGAGGCUCAACGCCGUCAUCUACCAGCUGGUGGAGCAGCUGAAGGCGGAGCUUAACAGCAAGUUGCCGCCACUCCUACAUCACAACACUGUGAGGCGGCGGUGCGGGCCGUGUUCCAUGUGACGCUGGGCAAGAAGAAGAUGGCGGUGGCGGGCUGUCGCGUUCACAAAGGUCAGCUCGAUCGCAAGCUCCGCUUCCGUCUGCUUCGAGGCGGAGAGACGCUGUGGGAAGGUUCUCUGGAGGCGUUGAAGCACCACAAAGACGAGGUGGGCGUGGUGAAGGUGGGAAUGGAGUGCGGCCUGUCGCUGGACUCUGACGUGGCGUUCAACGUCGGCGAUGUCAUCCAAUGUUUGGAGGAGC